UCACCAUCAUAAAAAUCAUUCAUGCUUUCACUGUAGACAUUAUCAGUGUGAUUUUGCUGAUGAUCCCUGGACUGAUUGGAACACUUAUAAAUUGAAUUUAUUCUAGGAUGUGAUCACUGUUAUUGCAAGGAAUAAGUUACAUCAGCUUCAAAGAAAUUGGAAGCCUCUCUCACAACGGAGACGAGUGUCAACAAUUUGUAAGUAAAUUGGGUAAAUUUCAUUACACAUAAAAUCAAAUGAAUACUCUACGUAUGGAGCAGCGGACUACCACAAAGUCCUGAGAUGGUCGAAACUUGGUAGUCACAAAUUUACUAGCUGUUAGACACAAGUUAUACUAUUAUGAGUGAUACGGUAUUUUGCUAUCAUUGUGCAACUGUAUUUUUUGAAAUUGAUGAGUAUAAUGGUAAUGCAUUAUCAACGUAAUUUUAGCCAAUAUCACAUGCUUGCUAUUAUAGCUUCUCUUCUCAGAAUUAUAACCAGGAAAAAUUGAGACUACCAUUUUACGCUGAAUGAUUAUGCAAUACCAACCAGGAAAGUAAUGAAAAUUUCCCUCUACAACCAGCUAAGCUAGCUAUGUGGGAGAUAAAUUAGAUAUCUGGCGAAUCCUGUGAUGCAACCUAAUCAGGGGCUCCGGCAACCGAGUCCUCAACAGCUGAUGUCACCGCAGCAGCCCCGACACCCAGGUCAACCGAUUGUGGAUAUAAUUCCACAGAUGCCUGGACAACCAGGAGAUAUUCUGGGACCAGUCGACCCAGUUUACAAUCGACCCACAGUUGCUGCAUCGACAAUGCAUAAGCAUGCUUUGCGACAACUUGGGCAAGCCCUGCGGAGUCCCAACACGCCUGAGCAACAAAACCAAAUUCUACAGAUACUCAAGAGCAAUCCUCGGUUAACGGCUGCCUUUAUAAAACUAAGACAGAAGCAAACAACUCGACAUGCCAGGGGUGAAGAGUAGAGCAAAUUGGCAGUAGCAACAUGGGACACUCUCUUAUCACACGGAAGAAGAAGAAGAAGAACCUGAUGUGGCAGGGCAGAUGAGCCGCUGGAAGGCUGAAAGUUGAAAGUAUGUUACCACUGCAAUUUUUUGAAAAAAUUACUUCUGUUCAUCAACAUUCCACGUUAUGACUGAGUGAUUUUGAUGGAAUAUUAUUGCGUAUAGAGUUUAUAAGUAAUAUGUUAAAUCAUAAUAACUUAAUAGCAUUUGCUUUUGAAAUUAUAUGCCAUUCACACUUUAGAAAUCGUAGAAUUUAAUUAAUUGGUAAAAUUA